AUGGCCGACAUCAAGACGGGCAUCUUCGCCAAGAACGUCCAGAAGCGACUCAACCGCGCGCAGGAAAAGGUCCUUCAGAAGCUUGGGAAAGCUGAUGAGACAAAAGAUGAACAGUUUGAAGAAUAUGUGCAGAACUUCAAACGGCAAGAGGCAAAGGGUACCAGACUUCAGCGAGAACUCCGAGGAUAUUUAGCAGCUAUCAAAGGCAUGCAAGAGGCUUCCAUGAAGCUCACCGAGUCGCUGCAUGAAGUCUACGAGCCCGACUGGUACGGGCGCGAAGAUGUGAAAAUGGUUGGCGAGAAAUGUGAUGUGCUGUGGGAAGACUUCCAUCAAAAACUAGUGGAUGGGUCCUUGCUGACACUGGACACCUAUCUGGGCCAAUUUCCUGACAUAAAGAACCGCAUUGCAAAGCGCAGCAGGAAGCUGGUGGACUAUGACAGUGCCCGCCACCAUCUGGAAGCUUUGCAGAGCUCCAAGAGGAAGGAUGAGAGUCGCAUCACUAAGGCAGAAGAGGAAUUUCAGAAAGCACAGAAAGUGUUUGAAGAGUUUAACGUUGACUUACAAGAAGAGUUACCAUCGUUAUGGUCAAGACGAGUUGGAUUUUAUGUCAAUACUUUCAAAAAUGUCUCUAGCCUAGAGGCCAAGUUCCAUAAGGAAAUUGCGGUGCUUUGCCACAAACUAUAUGAAGUGAUGACGAAAUUGGGUGACCAGCACGCUGACAAGGCCUUCACCAUUCAAGGAGCUCCCAGCGACUCGGGUCCUCUCCGCAUUGCAAAGACGCCUUCGCCGCCCGAGGAGCCUUCACCCAUCCCGAGCCCGACAGUGAGUCCCAAUCACACGCUGGCACCUGCAUCUCCUGCACCAGCCCGGCCUCGGUCACCCUCGCAGACAAGGAAAGGGCCUCCUGUCCCACCUCUCCCUAAAGUCACCCCAACAAAGGAGCUGCAGCAGGAGAACAUCAUCAGUUUCUUCGAGGACAACUUUGUUCCAGAAAUCAGUGUGACGACGCCUUCUCAGAAUGAAGUCCCUGAGGUGAAGAAAGAGGAGACCUUGUUAGAUCUGGACUUUGAUCCUUUCAAGCCUGACAUGCCCUCUGCAGGUUCUGCUGGAGUAACCCACUCACCGAUGUCGCAGACAUUACCCUGGGACCUAUGGACGACAAGCACUGAUUUGGUACAACCGGCUUCUGGAGGUUCAUUUAAUGGAUUCACCCAGCCACAGGACACUACAUUAUUCACAAUGCAGACAGACCAGAAUAUGAUCUGUAACUUGGCUGAACCUGAACAGGCUCCGCCCACAGAGCCGAAAGCAGAGGAGCCCCCCGCUGCUGUACCACCUGCUGCUGGGCUGGAUCUUGGACUUGACACCCAGGCUGAGGAGCCAGUGGAGGGGGCAGCGCUCAUCCCUGCAACGGAUGCUGAUGUGACGGCUGGGACCUUGGUGCCGGCAGCCGAGGGGGCCCCCGUGGGGGAAGCAGAGACAGAGGAGGUGACUCUUCCUGCUGGAGAAGGAGCAAGUUCAGAGGAGGCCAAGAUUGACACCGAAGCCACAGAGGCUGUAGAUGGUGACAGACCUCAACCGGUAGAAACAGAAGCGGCAGCAACUCAGGAGAAGGUCAUCCCCUCGGUGGUCAUAGAGCCCGCCUCCAACAAUGAAGGGGAGGGAGAACACGAAGAGAUCGUGGGUGCAGAGUCCAAGGAGGCAACUGCUGACGCGGCUCUUCCAGGCUCCACCGGCGAGACACCAGCGCUGGCCUCGGAGGAGCAGGAGGCGGGCAAGGCCUCCCAGCCGGCCGCCCCCUCUGCAAGCGAGGCCCUCCAGGAAGGGCCUCCCGGCUUCCUCUACAAGGUGGAAACACUGCAUGAUUUCGAGGCAGCAAAUUCUGAUGAGCUUACCUUACAAAGGGGUGACGUGGUGUUGGUGGUACCCUCAGAUUCGGAAGCUGACCAGGAUGCAGGCUGGCUGGUAGGCGUGAAGGAAUCAGACUGGCUUCAGUACAGAGACCUCGCCACGUACAAAGGCCUCUUUCCAGAGAACUUCACCCGGCGCCUGGAUUAG